UUAGCCACCGGCGGAGUCGUGUCAGCAGUGCAGCGUGUGGUUACCCGGCGGUACCAAGACAACGGCCGCAUGGUGCUUGUGUGGCAGUCUCUCAUGGAGGGCGAAGGCAUGUUCACGGGUAUACGAGCUGGUGAGACUGGGUGGGACGUGCUCACCCCGUCGAAGGACGGCACUCUGAUACAAACGUGCAUUUCCCACACGCCGAUGAAUUUCGAUGCCAUAGAGCUGCAGAAGCCACGGUUGAAGCAGUUUACCGGCAUGGUGUUGGAAUCGGUGGCUGGUGAUGGCAUUGAGAUCAUGAAGGACUUUGAAAAACUGCAGAUUGCACAAGUGUAA